AUGAAUUUGCUUUCACCACAAAACAAAAGUUUAAUCCUAUUCUUUCUAUUUGCUGCAAUUGCCGUUGUUGCUGGUUUGAUAUUAGCUAUUAUUGCAAUCGCCUUCUUCCCCAUUACAAUAGUGUUAUUUAUAAUUGUUAAGUAUACUCCUGUGCGACACAUUUUUACAAAGGUUUAUCAUAAAAUAUAUGACUAUUUGUUCUAUUAGAGUGAAAAACCUAGAAAAUUAUUAUGGGGGUUUAUCUAUGACUUUAUGUGCGCAUAUUUCCCAUUGAAUAAAUGGAGGUCUUUGAAUUAUGGAUAUGCAUUAUUGAAUGAAAAUGGACGUAUUCUCAACAAUUUGGAUGAAUAGUAAGAAGAAGAAAGGUUCUGUCUCUAAUUAUAUCACAUGGUGGCAACAAAUUGUUUGAAAUUAAAGGAUCUUCAAGGAAAACGAGUAUUAGAGGUUGGAAGCGGCAGAGGAGGAGGAUUAUAUUAUAUUCAUUCAUCAUUGAAACCUGAAUCGUGUGUUGGUGUUGAUUACUCCUAGAAUUAAGUGGAUUUUUGUAAGACCACCUAUGGAAUAAAUCAAAAAUUAAGCUUUCAAUAAGGCGAUGCUGAAAAUUUAACAAGUUUAAAGAUCUAAACAUUUGAUUUGAUCAUCAACGUUGAAUCAUCUCAUUGUUAUGGCAAUUUCUAAAAGUUUGUUUAGGAAGUUACAGAAUUACUAAGCACUGGAGGGCUAUUUGUUAUUACAGAUUUCAGAGCAAUUUAAGAUAUUAAGUAAUUUGAAUAAGACCUCUAAUCAACAGGAUUGAAAUUGGAAACUAAGGAAGACAUUACUAUCAAUGUCCUUUAAGCAUUGAAAUUGGAUGAGAAGAGGAAACAAUAAUGGAUGACGAGACAUUGUGGAAUAAUCUUCAGAAGCUUCUUUAGUAAAUUUAGUGGUGUUUAGAGUUCUCGUAUAUUUUAGGAAUUAAGUGAAAGAAAAACACUUUACCUAAUUUAUGCCUUAAGAAAGGUUUGAAUAUAAUAAAUCAUUUAAAUUAAUUUCAAUAAAUUCAGUAAUAA